CAAAUCAGAAACAAACAUGGCGACGUUGCGGUAUGUGUUUGUUUGUUUCUGUUGGUGGUCUUUAGUAAAUAGUGAUGUUUUACACGAAAAUUCAUCAGAAUCUCAUUCUUCCGAAAUUUCAGCAGUGUUAAAUCACCUGAAUGCGUCCCCAUUCAAGGUGUACAAUUACAACAAAGCAACCCUACUAAGUGCGCAGACAAAGGCUGAUAUCAUUGAAUUAAUUCUCGACAUAAAUGUGGAUUGUAUCAACAAAUACCCCAAUGUACCCUGCUCCGAAAAAAUUGUCACUUGUCAUGCUUUCGUGAGGAAUACACCUGAAGAGGGCAGCAAGGUACUCACUGAUGUUAAUUGUAAACCUAAGCCCGAGAUUAUUAUUGAUGAAGUAUAUGACUCACCAAUAAAUCUAACUGAUGUCAACACAGACGAACCAAAACCUAUAAUGUUAAGCAACGAAGCUGUUUCAUCAGAAGUAGGCGAACAUUUUGUCGCUGUAAAGAAAGAUUCAGUUCCUUGUUUAGGUUGCCCCUUUGACCUCAGCACAAAUGCGGAAGGCGUGGAUGAGCUAAUUGAUGUAGCUUUAGAACACAUUGAGACGGAACGUCCCAAAAAACAAGCUCUGGUCAAAGUUCUUAGAUUACAACAACAAGUUGUAACUGGAGUUAAAUAUAUCUUAACGGCGGAAUUUGCGUCUACGAUUUGCGUAAAAGGUGUUACAGAUGAUCUAUCUCUAUGCCCGAGAGACACAGAAAUAGGGACAACUAUUUGUGAGAUUACUUAUUUACAUAAACCUUGGAUAAGUAAAGCCAAACACGUAAUUAAAAAUAAUUGCACUAUUUCUCAAGAAUACGUCAAAGCUGAUACCAGGAAGUCUGAUAUCAGUAAUGAAAUUGAUGUUACUGGUAAACGUACAAAACUAAUUGACACUCCUAAUUUUGAUAAAAUGGCAGAAAAUGGGGCUAUUGAUGAAAUGACACCGUCACGAUUAGCGGAUUUAGAAUCACAAAUAAUUGCAGAUGUGAAAUCUGAAAUUAUAGUGCCAUCCACUGUGGAAUCGCACCCCCAAGUAGAGAGCAAACUUGAGUUUGACUUAUUUCAAACGCCUGAAAGUCUGACGGUAUAUGAAGCUCCUGCAUUUACAACGAGUGUUACCAUGGAGGAACCUACACCCACUGAAGAAGAAGCAUCAAGGUUGAAACGUGAUGAAGGAAUUAAACAAGAUUCUUCAAGCGAAUCUGUGGAAAUGUCAGCAAAGCAAAGUCAAGCAACAAGCAGUUCUGAAGAAAAUUCUAGCGAAGAAGUUUUAAGACCAAGGAGAGCAAUCCGUCAAUUGGAAAAAAUUUCGCCUGAUGAGAAAGGUUUGGUGAAGAAUUUGGCAGACUUUGCCGCCAAUGCUUUAGACAACAUUGACGAUGAUAACAAUAAACGAAUAAUUUUGCAAAUUUUGGGAGCUAAAAAAAUGGUCGGGGAUGAUGGUAUUUAUUAUCAUAUUAUCAUGCGAAUGGGAAUUUCGCGGUGCUUGGAGGACAGUCCAAUCAAUCCGUACGAAAAUUGUAAAGAUAAACUUUUUGAAAAUUAUACGAAAAUCUGCAAAGUCCAGGUUUACGUGAACGAUGAUUUUGGCAGCAAAAAAGUCGUAAAGUCGCAAUGUCAAAAUAUAAAACGUGACAAAAAUGAUAAUAAUCGCACGAAUUACAGUCGUUAUAAGCGAGAUGUCUUAGUGGGAGCUCCAAAUCGUAUUGACAAAAAUAAUGAGAAAAUUCAACAAUAUGUCAAAGAAGGAAUUAAUGGUUUUAAUGCAAAUUAUAAUAAUAAUAAUAACAAAGUGAAACCAGUUGAAGUGAUUUCAGCAACAACCCAAGUUGUUGCAGGGACACUUUAUAAAAUCACGGUGAAAAUAUCCGAAUCUGAUUGUUCUAAAAACGAUAAUAAAGAUUUAGAUGAAUGUAACAUUCUUGAAGGGGCUUCACCGAAAACAUGCGAGUUGGAGGUGUGGGAUAAACCCUGGGAGAAUUUCAGACAAUUCACGAUAAAAUGUGAAGGAGACGAACAAAAAAUAAAAUUUCAAACAAACCCUAAAAAUAGAGCUAAACGACAAGCUCCCGGUGGACAAAUACCGGUGACCAAAGACAACGAAUACGUUGUUAAAUAUUUGGAAGCGGCUUUAAGCCAACUCGAUGCCAACUCUCCACAUGAAAAUAAGUUUAAAGUCCACGAGUUUCUUUCUGCAACCUCGCAAACCGUCUCGGGUCACAUUUAUCGAAUCAAAACCAAAGUGGUACUUUCUGAUUGUAAAAAAUCUGUUUCCACCGAGAGAAGUCAGUGUGGAACCCUUCAAGAUGCUAAACCCAAAACUUGCAAAUUUGAAGUUUUUGAACAAACGUGGGUACCUAACAGCCGUCGAAUUAAAACUGAUUGUGAUAAAGAGAGAACAAAAAGGCAAGACUUGGACGGUGGAAUAUACGACGUUGAUAAAGACAACGAUGAAGUUAAAAAAUUCGUCCGCGAAGGUUUACUCAAUUUGAAUACUCAUUUGACUACAAAUAAUAAAGUCAAGCCUGUAGAAGUGGUUUCUGCUACUGGUCAAGUUGUGGCAGGCAUUGUGCAUAGGAUUAAAGUGAAAAUUUCAGAGUCAGAUUGUUCGAGAAACGAUCAGAAAGAUUUUGAACAAUGCAAUGUACUCGAGGGGGCUUCACCAAAAUUGUGUGAGAUGGAAGUGUGGGAUAAACCAUGGGAAGGCUUUAGAAGGUACACUAUAAAGUGUGAAGGCGAGAAUAAACAACACCAGUUUGUCUUAAAUCCAAAUAGGCGAUCUAAGCGUCACACCCUUGGUGGUGAAUUACCAGUGACGAAAGAUGACGAAUUUGUUGUUAAAUACCUGGAGGCUGCUUUGAAUCAACUCGACGCUGAGUCUGAACACGAAAAUAAGUUUAAAGUUCACGAAUUUAUUUCUGCGACAUCCCAAACCGUUUCAGGUCACAUUUAUCGUAUUAAAGCGAAAGUGAUACUUUCCGAUUGUAAAAAAACGAUUUCGUCCGAGAGAGAUCACUGUAGUACUCUCAAGGACGCAAAACCUAAAACAUGCAAAUUUGAAGUUUUUGAACAACUUUGGGUACCUAAUAGUCGUAAAAUUAAAACCGAUUGUGACAGUAAGAGAGUAAAACGGCAGAGAAGCGAAAGUGUGUUUAACGCACACACCCGAAGGAGUAAGAGGCAGUCAAUACCGGGUGGAGCCACCGAAAUAGAUAAAAGAAGCGAUAAAGUCAAGCAAUAUGUCCAAGAGAGUUUAACUCAUUUAAACACUCAACUGACUUCCAGCAACAAGGUCAAACCUGUGGAAGUACUUUCUGCCACUAGUCAAGUCGUUGCAGGAACAAUCCAUCGAAUCAAAAUAAAAAUAUCCGAGUCUGAUUGUUCUAAAGAUGAUGAAAAAGAUUUCAACGAAUGUAAUAUCCGCGAAGGGGCGUCCCCGAAAAUAUGUGAGGUAAAAGUUUGGGAUAAACCGUGGCAGAAUUUCCGACAGUACAAUAUAACCUGCGAGGGUGAGGACCACCACUACACAUUCGAAACAAAACCAGGAAAAGCAAAACGUGAUGCCGAUUUUGACAAUUUAUUGGGUCGCGAUGAUCGAAAGUACCAUUUGUCACUCUUCACUGACUUCCUCACGAAGUACAACAAGAAGUACCACAAGAAAGAAUACAAAUAUAGAUUUAACGUCUUCGUUCAAAAUUUGAUGCAAAUCCGAGUGCUAAAUACCUUUGAACAAGGUACGGCAACGUACGGAAUUACGAAAUUUGCGGAUAUGACACAAAAGGAGUUUUCGAGGAGUUUGGGUUUGCGUAUGGAUUUGAGGAACGAGAAUGAGGCUCCGUUUGCACAAGCUAAAAUUCCGGAUGUUGAACUUCCGACAGAGUUUGAUUGGCGAAAGAAGGGAGUUGUGACGGAAGUUAAAAAUCAAGAACAAUGUGGAAGUUGCUGGGCUUUCAGCGUCACAGGGAAUUUGGAAGGGCAGUAUGCUUUGAAGCACGGGAAGUUGUUAGAGUUUUCAGAACAGGAGUUGGUGGAUUGUGAUACCGAUGACCAAGGGUGCAAUGGAGGGUUGAUGGAUACAGCUUACAGAUCGAUUGAGAAAAUCGGCGGCUUGGAAACAGAGCAGGACUACCCAUAUGACGCUGAGGAUGAAAAAUGCCAUUUCAAUCGAACCUUAGCACGAGUCCAAGUGACCAGCGCCUUAAACAUCAGCCACAACGAGACCGAUAUGGCAAAGUGGUUGGUGGCCAAUGGCCCUAUUUCCAUCGCAAUCAAUGCCAAUGCUAUGCAGUUCUACAUGGGCGGAGUCUCGCAUCCAUUCAAAUUUUUGUGUAACCCGAAAAACCUCGACCACGGUGUUUUAAUUGUGGGAUAUGGUGUGCACAAUUAUCCACUCUUCAAGAAGAGUCUUCCGUAUUGGAUCGUGAAAAACUCGUGGGGGACAGGAUGGGGUGAACAAGGUUACUAUAGAGUUUACAGGGGAGAUGGUACAUGUGGUUUGAACCAGACUCCCUCUAGUGCCAUAGUAGCUUAAAAGCUCAAACAUAUCGCAACUGAACAAAUGUGAUAUUUUUUCUAUCUCUGUACUUGCAACAACUUAAUUAUGGCGGACGUGUAAAUAAACAGCAAACACCGCCGUGAUAUUUUAUUGCGAAAAUGCUCUCUCCAGUAAUUUUUAUAGUGAUUUAUUCAAGCUUUAGUGCUUUUUAAUUAAUUCUUUUGUUAUAUAUUUUAUAUUAGACAAAUUUAUUAACACUUGUUACUAUCCAAUGGUUUUCUAGUUGUUUUAUAUCCCUAGAGUGUAAUAAACAGUUUAAAUGUGA